AUGAAACCAAUGACUGCUGAUCGGUUUGUUGCCAAACAUCUAAAAUCAAUCGAAGGCAGCUCAAUUUUAUUUCGAAGGAGCCAGCUAAGAAAUAAUCACAUAGAAAUGAAUAAGAAAUCUGUUAUGAAGGUGGAUGUUGAAUCAGACUAUAUAAUUUCAAAUUCAGAGACGAUAGAGCCAUCUUCAACAAAAACGAAUACACUAAUUCCUGUGUCGGAGGAAAUAAGUAUUGAAUCAAUCCAAAAGGAAAAAUCAAUACUAAAUGUUAGCUUUGAUUCGUUGGACAUCAAAAGAUUAGGGUCCAUUUCACCAAAUGAAUCGUACAUGCAUUUAGAAGGAAUUGAACCACUGACUAAAUUAAAUUCCAGCGAUGAUUCAACUUCUGAAAAAUCACUUGAUGAAUUUGAAAAUUUGGGUGGCUUAGGAAAGCCUAAUAUUCCAGUUUUUCCCAAAGGCUGUGAAAAUAAAUAUAAAAGAAAAAGGAAUACAACGUACAUGGAAAAAACUCCUGAAAUCGACAGAAUAUUGCAAAAAAAAAACACCCGGUCGAACUUGAACACCUUGCUUAUCAAUGGAAAUAUAGCAACACCAUUGCACGUAGCCAAACAAAGAUAUAUUUUUAUGAACACGUGCCCGUUUGAUGCAUUAGCAGUAAUAAUAAAUAUGGCAUAA